AUGGCGCAGAUACCAGGGGAAGUGGACAACAUGGAGGGCCUACCUGCCUCUAACAACAACAACCUUGCCACCCGCUGGGAGAGUCCGGAUCGGGGCUGGGAGCGGGAGCAGCCAGCCGCCUCCACCGCAGCGGCCUCGCUCUUUGAGUGCUCCCGGAUCAAGGCCUUGGCAGAUGAGCGGGAAGCCGUACAGAAGAAAACCUUCACCAAGUGGGUGAACUCGCACCUUGCCCGCGUGGGCUGCCACAUCGGGGACCUCUAUGUGGACCUCCGGGACGGCUUCGUGCUCACGCGGCUCCUGGAAGUGCUGUCUGGGGAGCAGCUGCCCAGGCCCACGCGCGGCCGCAUGCGGAUCCACUCACUGGAGAACGUGGACAAGGCACUGCAGUUUCUGAAGGAGCAGCGCGUGCACCUGGAGAACGUGGGUUCACAUGACAUCGUGGAUGGGAAUCACCGGCUGACGCUGGGGCUGGUCUGGACCAUCAUCCUGCGCUUCCAGAUUCAAGUCAUCAAAAUUGAGACUGAGGACAACAGAGAGACACGCUCAGCCAAGGAUGCUCUGCUCUUGUGGUGUCAGAUGAAGACAGCUGGUUACCCUGAGGUAAACAUCCAGAAUUUCACCACCAGCUGGCGGGAUGGCUUGGCCUUCAAUGCCCUCAUUCACCGGCACAGGCCCGAUCUCGUGGACUUCAGCAAACUCACCAAGUCCAACGCCAACUACAACCUACAGAGAGCCUUCCGCACAGCUGAGCAGCACCUGGGGCUGGCGCGGCUGCUGGAUCCUGAAGAUGUGAACAUGGAGGCUCCAGAUGAGAAGUCCAUCAUCACCUAUGUGGUCUCUUUCUACCACUAUUUCUCCAAGAUGAAGGCUCUGGCUGUGGAGGGGAAGCGUAUCGGGAAGGUCUUGGACCAGGUGUUGGAGGUGGGUAAGAUCAUAGAACGCUACGAGGAGCUGGCGGCCGAGCUGCUGGCCUGGAUUCACCGCACCGUGGGCCUCAUCAGCAACCAGAAAUUUGCCAACUCCUUAAGUGGGGUGCAGCAGCAACUCCAGGCUUUCACGGCCUAUUGCACGCUGGAGAAGCCUGUCAAGUUCCAGGAGAAGGGGAACCUAGAGGUGCUGCUCUUCAGCAUCCAGAGCAAACUGCGUGCCUGCAACCGUCGCCUCUUUGUGCCUCGGGAGGGCUGUGGCAUCUGGGAUAUUGAUAAGGCAUGGGGUGAGCUGGAGAAGGCUGAGCAUGAGCGGGAGGCUGCCCUACGGGCUGAGCUGAUUCGGCAGGAGAAGCUGGAACUACUGGCACAGAGGUUUGACCACAAGGUGGCUAUGAGGGAGAGCUGGCUGAAUGAGAACCAGCGUCUGGUCUCCCAGGACAACUUUGGGUAUGAGUUGCCCGCAGUGGAGGCAGCCAUGAAGAAACACGAAGCGAUCGAGGCAGACAUUGCAGCCUACGAGGAGCGGGUACAGGGUGUGGCGGAGCUGGCCCAGGCGUUGGCGGCCGAAGGCUACUACGAUAUCCGGCGGGUGGCAGCCCAGCGUGACAGCGUCCUGCGCCAGUGGGCCCUGCUAACUGGGCUUGUGGGUGCCCGGCGGACACGGCUCGAGCAGAACCUGGCCCUGCAGAAGGUCUUCCAGGAGAUGGUGUACAUGGUGGACUGGAUGGAGGAGAUGCAGGCUCAGCUGCUGUCCCCGGAGUGUGGGCAGCACCUGGUGGAGGCAGAUGACCUGUUGCAGAAGCAUGGACUGCUGGAGGGAGACAUUGUGGCCCAGAGCGAGCGGGUGGAGGCGCUCAAUGCCGCUGCCCUGCGCUUCUCCCAGCUGCAGGGCUACCAGCCCUGCGACCCGCAGGUCAUCUGCAACCGCGUGAACCACGUGCACGGCUGCUUGGCGGAGCUGCAGGAGCAGGCGGCGCGGCGACGGGGUGCCAGUGGCGCAGGGCCGCUGGUGGUGGCGCUGCAGGUGCGCGUGGUGGAAGCCGAGCAGUUGUUCGCUGAGGUGACCGAAGUGGCGGCGCUGCGGCGCCAGUGGCUACGGGACGCGCUCGCUGUCUACCGCAUGUUUGGCGAGGUGCACGCGUGCGAGCUGUGGAUCGGCGAGAAGGAGCAAUGGCUGCUUUCCAUGCGUGUGCCCGAUUCACUCGACGACGUUGAGGUGGUGCAGCACCGAGGAAGAACAAAUUUGAGUCAGAUGGGUGUGAAUAGCCCCAAGAAGGCGCUGCUGGCCGCCGACGGCGCAGAGCUGGGCCCGGGCCUGGCAUUAGACGAGUGGCUGCCACACCUCGAACUUGGCUGGCAUAAAUUGCUCGGCUUGUGGGAGGCGCGCAGGGAGGCACUGGUCCAGGCGCACAUCUACCAGCUCUUCCUGCGGGAUCUACGCCAGGCGCUCGUGGUGCUGCGUAACCAGGAGAUGGCGCUGUCUGGUGCGGAGCUCCCGGGCACAGUGGAAUCGGUGGAGGAGGCGUUGAAACAGCACCGGGAUUUUCUCACCACCAUGGAGCUGAACCAGCAAAAGAUGCAGGUGGCCGUGCAGGCUGCGGAGGGCCUGCUGAGGCAGGGCAACAUCUAUGGGGAGCAGGCUCAGGAGGCUGUGACUCGGCUGCUGGAGAAGAACCAAGAAAACCAGUUACGGGCCCAGCAAUGGAUGCAAAAGCUAUAUGACCAACUUGAGCUGCAGCACUUCCUCCGAGACUGCCAUGAGCUGGAUGGCUGGAUCCAUGAGAAGAUGCUGAUGGCGCGGGAUGGCACGCGGGAGGACAACCACAAGCUGCAUAAGAGAUGGCUCCGGCACCAGGCAUUCAUGGCCGAGCUGGCUCAGAAUAAGGAGUGGCUGGAGAAGAUUGAGAGGGAGGGCCAGCAACUAAUGCAGGAGAAGCCUGAAUUGGCGGCCUCCGUGCGGAAGAAGCUGGGCGAGAUCCGCCAGUGCUGGGCGGAGCUGGAGAGCACCACCCAGGCCAAGGCACGGCAGCUCUUUGAGGCCAGCAAAGCAGACCAGCUGGUGCAGAGCUUUGCUGAGCUGGACAAGAAGCUCCUUCACAUGGAGAGCCAGCUGCAAGACGUGGACCCUGGAGGGGACCUGGCCACCGUCAACAGUCAGCUCAAGAAGCUGCAGUCCAUGGAGUCGCAGGUGGAGGAGUGGUACCGCGAGGUGGGAGAGCUGCAGGCGCAGACGGCGGCGCUGCCGCUGGAGCCGGCGAGCAAGGAGCUGGUGGGCGAGCGGCAGAACGCGGUGGGCGAGCGCCUGGUGCGCCUGCUCGAGCCGCUGCAGGAGCGCCGACGCUUGCUACUGGCCUCCAAGGAGUUGCACCAGGUGGCGCACGACCUGGACGAUGAGCUGGCAUGGGUUCAGGAGCGGCUGCCACUGGCCAUGCAGACAGAGCGAGGCAACGGUUUGCAGGCGGUCCAGCAGCACAUCAAAAAGAACCAGGGCCUGCGACGGGAGAUCCAGGCGCACGGGCCGCGCCUGGAGGAGGUGCUGGAGCGCGCGGGCAUGCUGUCGUCGCUGCGCAGCCCGGAAGCAGAGGCUGUGCGCCGGGGCCUGGAGCAGCUGCAGAGUGCCUGGGCCGGACUGCGGGAGGCUGCAGAGCGACGGCAGCAGGCGCUGGACGCCGCCUUCCAGGUGGAGCAGUACUACUUCGACGUGGCGGAGGUGGAGGCGUGGCUGGGCGAGCAGGAGCUGCUCAUGAUGAGUGAGGAUAAGGGCAAGGACGAACAGAGCACCCUGCAGCUGCUCAAGAAACACCUGCAGCUGGAGCAAGGCGUGGAGAACUACGAGGAAAGCAUCGCUCAGCUGUCGCGCCAGUGCCGGGCGCUGCUGGAGAUGGGGCACCCGGACAGCGAGCAGAUCAGCCGGCGGCAGUCUCAGGUGGACCGCCUGUACGUGGCGCUCAAGGAGCUGGGUGAGGAGCGCCGGGUGGCUCUGGAACAGCAGUACUGGCUGUACCAGCUCAGCCGCCAGGUGAGCGAGCUUGAGCACUGGAUCGCCGAGAAGGAGGUGGUGGCUGGUUCACCGGAGCUCGGCCAGGACUUUGAGCAUGUCUCGGUGCUGCAGGAGAAAUUCUCAGAGUUCGCCAGCGAGACAGGUACGGCAGGGCGGGAGCGGCUGGCAGCUGUGAACCAGAUGGUGGAUGAGCUGAUCGAGUGUGGCCAUACAGCAGCAGCCACUAUGGCCGAGUGGAAGGAUGGGCUGAACGAGGCCUGGGCUGAGCUGCUGGAGCUCAUGGGCACACGGGCCCAGCUGCUGGCCGCCUCUCGGGAGCUUCAUAAGUUCUUCAGUGACGCCCGAGAGCUUCAGGGACAGAUUGAGGAGAAGCGGAGGCGGCUGCCCCGCCUGACCACCCCGCCUGAGCCGAGACCCAGCGCCAGUUCCAUGCAGCGGACCCUGAGAGCCUUUGAGCAUGACCUGCAGCUCCUCGUGUCCCAGGUACGGCAGCUGCAGGAGGGGGCGGCCCAGCUGCGGACGGUGUAUGCGGGUGAACAUGCCGAGGCCAUCGCUAGCCGGGAGCAGGAGGUGCUGCAGGGUUGGAAAGAGCUGCUGUCAGCCUGCGAAGAUGCCCGCCUGCACGUCAGCUCCACGGCCGACGCCCUGCGCUUCCACAGCCAAGUCCGCGACCUGCUUUCCUGGAUGGAUGGCAUCGCCAGCCAGAUUGGGGCAGCCGACAAGCCCAGGUGCCCCUCAUCCCUCCUCGGGCUUCCUGCCUGCCCCUGGCGGCCUCCCCCAGCCAACCCCAGCCCAUUGACAGCCCCCUUCCCAACCGAAUGACAACAGCCACUAUCUUUGUGGCACCUCUGUGUGCCAGGCACUGUUCUAGGUGCUUCGUGUGUAUUCAGACCCCAUUUUUAGGCCUGUCAUUGGGGACUUAGGUCAUGGGGCAUCCUUCUGUCCUCUGUCCUUCCCAGUUGCCCAUAAUUACCCUCUCCAUGGGAUGUCACAGCAUGAAACAGGCUAAAGACAGGAUGGGCAAGGGAGGUGUGGGACUGUAUUUGUGAGGGUGGGUGAAGAAUUGUAAAAAUUCCA